AUGGAGGACCACAUCGGCGGGUCGUCGUCGUCCAGCGACGACGACUCGGCGCCCGCCGUCAUCAUGCCGCCGCCGCCUCACGGGCACCACAUCAUCAACGAGGACGAGAUCAUCGACCUGGACGCCAUCGACGACAAUCACCACCGCCGCCGCCGCCGCAACAACUAUCACCGCCGUCAGAUGCGCAGCACCUCCGGCCACCCGGCCAUCAUCGACGCGAUACGCGGCACCGGCAACAUCAUCGACCUGAUGGACCACGGGCCGUCGUCGAUGGUCAUCGAGCGCGCCGCCGAGGAGGACGCGGCCGUCGCGUCGGGCAUCUGCGACCCGAACAGGGUGCGCAACUACAAGGACAUGUUCAGGUACGCCAGCGACCUGGCCGACGGGAUGCCGAUGAACAUUCAUCAAGACGCGCUCACAUUCAGCGAGGAAAGGAAGAAGUUUCUGUCAAAUGUUUUGUCUACCAUGUCAGUCAAUGUACACGAGGAAAUGAACAAUUCUAUUAAUAUUUUGUUUGACAAUAACAAACAAGUGGAUGAACAUGAAUUUGCGUUUGAUGUUAUUGCAGAAUAUGUUGACAAUAUUGAUUAUGCUAAUGAUUUUGAAAAGCUUGGCGGUUUCCAUAUCUUUUUACCGUGUAUCCGUUCCGAGCAUCCAACUGUGCGCGUCAAGAUGUGCGAACUGAUCGCUAAGUUGGUUCAGCAUAAUCCAUACUGUCAAGAAAAGUUUAUGGAAAAUACAAAGUAUCCGAAAGCAUUGAUUUCUAUGGUGGAAAACGAUCCAAACGAUGAUGUGCGUAUCAAAGCACUAGCUGCGAUUUCCAGUCUGAUCCGUGAAAACAUAACUGUUUUUUGGCAAUUUAUUGACCUUGGAGGUAAAGAUUUGAUUAUCAAUUCAUUGAAAGCUCCCAUUGAAAAAUUGAAAAUUAAAGCAGUGUUCAUAAUUUGCUCAACUUCUCAUAUGGGUAACGAUGUAGCGGAAAUGUAUGUUGAUAAUGGUGUUGUUGAAAUUAUAAGUUCGAUAAUCAUGGGCAUGGAAAAAAAUGUUGAACCAAGUCAUCACGAGUUAUUUUUAUCGACAUUGAAUCAAUUGAUCCGUAUGUCACCAGCAAAAGUCAAAGAAAUAUGCACUUCGUUUGUGGAUUUCAAGCCAGCAUUGACAUCAUUACGCGAUUCAUAUUCAAAUGAAUCAGAUUAUCAGGCAAGAUAUUAUGUCAACUGGUUUUUGGCUUAUAAUUAA